AUGUCGGGUAAAAAAGAGCGGUAAGGGCCAGUUUAUCAUCUGAUUAAGGCAGGGUGCUCCAUAAUAUAUAAUGCACUUUUUGGGAAGGGUAGUUUGGUGGGGCGUCAGAUUGCUAUUUAUAGAAUAUUAAGACAGGCUUUAAUUAGAACUGUAAGGAAUGUUAGCUUCUGUUUUUUCUUUAUACAUUUGGAAUAAGUUUUUGUGAAAUUCAUUGAAAUCUUAUAGGUUUUCAUGGAUGUAGACAUCUUUUGAACUGUGUCUAAAAUAACUUGUCAAUAUUUAAAAUAACAUUUAUUGUCAAUUUUUAUAAGCCGUUCGUUUUAAAGUUUUCUUUAAAAGAGAUAACAUUCUGGUUUGUUUUGAUCGUCACGGCUCUCACGGCCGAUGACUCACUAUAUUAUAGUAGAAAAAAGAGGCAAAAUUGUUUCACACGAGGUAUUGCGGUCUGUUUACAGUGAAAUUAAUGGACGACUAAAUGAAUAUUAAUUUUGUCUUACGUUUGUAGUAGAAUUACUUAAAUUCGGUAUUCUAAUUUGAAAAGUAAUGUCAUUUAGGUUAGUUACACUGUUAGUUUGAUGGUUUAGUGUCAUUCGACGUUUUUGUCAUAUUAUCAUUGUUUCAACGAGUUCAUUGAUAACGUUUUACGAGCUCGUAUACGAUUCUUUUCUUGAGUUUAUUUCAUUUUUUAUUAUCGUGGUAUUCGCUUUGUUUAACAUAUAUUAAAGAAUAAUGCUUACUAUAGUUAACAUCUUGACACUAUUAGUAAUUUGCUUUCAGGAGGAUGGUAAGCCACCCGUUCAACACGAAUAUCUCUCUUCCGUCGAUAGAAGACCUUGACUGGAAGGGCGAUAACUGGCCAGAUGUGGGUCGUAUAACAUUGGUCGUGGUGGCUUCUAUUAUCUUCUUCCGGCUGUUACAGUACACCGUGCGGUGGUAUCUGUUUGGGAAGUGCACCUUCAGAACGUUCGAUUAUUUUAAGUUUGGCAAGGGCAGGAGGCGGAGGAAUGUCCCUCCUUCUACUGAACUUGAGGUAGGUUCUUUUUAGGGGGUCGGAAGAGUUUUGGGAUAUGUAGUAGUAUAGGUUGCAGGGCAAGGGUGAUAACUUUUAAAUUAGUUUUGGGCUUAAGAGUUGUGAAGAAAUUUCAAGUGAAGACAUGGCAAAAUUGUGACUCAAAUUUCAGGCCGUUCCACCAAAUAAGAAAUGGCGGACGUCGAAUGAAGCCGUAUCUCUCAUCCAUUCUGUCAUCUCAGGUCUGUGGGCACUAUGGGUUGUAUUAACGUAUCCUACUUCUAUAAGUGAUAUGAUCUACUUUGACCACCCGUCAGCCAAAUUCUUGGUAAGUUUUCAGUACUUUUGGCAAAAUAUUUACCUUAAAAUACUUUAAAUAAAGUUCCAUGUGAAAAUGCAACUUCGGUAGUCAUAGUAUCGAUUAAUCACAUGUUUUUAAAAUACGUUUUAAUAGCUUAUACAAACUUACUUUUUGAUAAAAAUCUAAAGUCUUGUUUUUACAGGUAUAUGUUUCUUUUGGCUACAUUAUCCAUGAUCUCAUCGAUUUACUGGUGAACGAACGAUCAGCCAGAAUCCUGGAGCUCCUCUUCCACCAUGUUAUCGUAAUAAUGGGCUUCUUAACUACCAUCAUUCCAUCCAAGUUCCUCGGAGUUGUCGUACUGGGUCUUCUGAUGGAAGUCAACUCAAUCUUCCUCCACUCUCGAUCACUUCUCAACCUCUACCGAGUCCCCAAAGACUCGACCGCCUUCAAGUUCGUCGCCUUACUCAACAUCAUGACCUUCAUGGUCUUCAGAAUGGCGGUGGUAGUCUACCUGAUCUACUGGCAGAUUACGAACGGCUGGUCCCUGGAGUGGUACUUCACCGUGCUAACCUUCUUUGUCAUCUUCUCUUUGUGCAUCACCAACUCGGUGCUCUGUUACCGUGUGCUGGCGGCUGAUGGUCUUCUUGGUGCUAACAGAGCACGACCUCCAAGUGAACGAGCUAACACCAAGUCGAGUGGGGAAGAAGAGGAAUUGGAUGCUGACGAUGAAGAGGAGUUCGAGGAAACAGAUUCUGAACCUCGACUACAACGCCGGACUAGUCAGUCGACGGCUACACAGACUAUUGGGCCAGACGGUGGCCAAGCGGAGCCAGUUGUUGUUGUACAUCAGCCAUAA